AUGUUCACUUUCACCCCACUGCUGGGCGGACAGUCGUCGUCAUCGAGGGCAUCGCAAUCCAUUCUAGAGCUUGAUGGGGGUAUUAAGAUCUUAGUGGACGUCGGGUGGGACGAUACGUUUGACACUCGUGACUUGGCGGAGCUGGAGAAGCAUAUUCCGACUCUCUCACUCAUUCUUCUCACCCACGCGACCUCGGCGCAUAUCGGUGCCUUCGUCCACUGCUGUCGGACCUUCCCUCUAUUUUCUCAAAUCCCUAUCUAUGCGACAAGCCCAGUGAUCGCCCUCGGUCGCACAAGCUUACAAGACCUCUAUGCUUCGGCACCUCUUGCCGCGACUUUUCUACCCAAUGCAUCGGUAUCAGAACCAGGCGCCGCAGCUGCAGCACCUACAAUAUCAGCGGAUGGAGAUGGAAAACCCAAAGCUGCUGGCAGCACAGGGAGGAUUCUCCUCCAGGCACCAACCGCGGAAGAGAUCGCUCGAUAUUUCUCAUUAAUUCAGCCUCUCAAGUAUUCGCAACCCCACCAACCGUCCCCGUCUCCAUUCUCGCCACCCCUAGAUGGGCUUACACUUACCGCUUACAAUGCCGGACACACCGUGGGUGGAACUAUCUGGCACAUCCAACACGGAAUGGAAUCCAUUGUCUACGCCAUGGAUUGGAAUCAGGCACGCGAGGGCGUUGUAGCAGGCGCUGCAUGGUUCGGUGGCUCUGGAGCCAGUGGAACAGAAGUCAUUGACUCCCAGGGUGGUGAUAAAUUCGCCCCAUCUGGGGGUCGCAAGAAGCGAGAUGAUUUGUUGCUUGAUAUGAUUCGAAGCAGUCUUGCUAAAGGCGGGACUGUUCUCAUUCCAACGGACACGAGUGCUCGAGUGCUUGAGUUGGCUUAUUCGCUUGAACAUGCCUGGCGUGAUGCGGCGACUGGUGAGAAAGACGAUGUUUUGAAGGGUACUGGACUCUAUUUGGCCGGCAAAAAGGUCAACACCACUUUGCGCCUGGCCCGUAGUAUGCUCGAAUGGAUGGACGAGAAUAUCAUUCGUGAAUUUGAAGCUGCUGAAAGUGCAGACGCGGCUGGCCAAAAAGCAGGUGGACAGGGACAAGACAAAAGUUCCGGUAAAGGUGGAGGACCUUUCCAUUUCAAACAUCUGAAGACCGUCGAACGUAAGAAGCGGCUCGAGAAGCUUCUUGCAGACCAAGGCCCCAAAGUCAUUCUUGCUUCAGACACAUCAUUGGCUUGGGGAUUCUCUAAGGAAUCUUUCCGACGGGUUGCCGAGGGUCCCAAUAACCUUUUGCUGCUGACAGAAUCUUUCCGCACCAAGGCGCCUGAGGUCCCAGAUGCUCACAAUACGAUGUCAAUUGGACGUAUGAUCUGGCAAUGGUAUGAAGAGCGGAGAGAUGGCGUGGCGCUAGAGAGAACGGCCGAUGGAGAAUUGCUUGAACAGGUCCAUAGUGGCGGACGGGUAUUGACAUGGACCGAUGUUCAAAGAGCCCCUCUAGAUGGUGGCGACCACCUACUAUAUCAGCAAUAUCUCGCCACGAAACGACAAAUCCAGGAUACCACCCAAGCGCGUGGCCAGGAGACACUCGAAACCGUAGCCGAUGCACUGGACGACCGAUCAAGUUCAACCUCUUCAGAAGAUUCGGAUUCCGAACAGCAAGGUCGUGUGCUCAACUUCUCGGCGUCACUUGCGCACUCGAAUCGAAGCAAGCUUGCCCUUACCGACGAAGAUUUGGGCAUUAAUGUUCUCCUUCGACGCAAGAAUGUCUACGAUUAUGACGUGCGUGGCAAGAAGGGGCGUGAACGCAUGUUUCCCUAUGUUGCACCAAGAAAGAAGGGUGAUGAGUACGGAGAGUUCAUUCGACCAGAGGAAUACCUACGAGCAGAGGAACGUGAAGAAAUAGACAUGCAGCAGCGACGGUCUGACGCGCAGACCAAGCUUGGUCAAAAAAGACGAUGGGACGACGCCGCCGUUACUGGUGGACGCAGACUCUCUGGAGGCGCAGCUGGACGUAAGCGCCAGCAAGUGUCCAAAGAUGGUCAAAGGGUCGAGUCAGGUCCAGGUGAUGAUGUCAGUCUUGCUUCUGGUGAAGAUGCCGACGCAGUUAUAUCUUCCGAGGACGAGGAUGAUGGCCAAACAUUCGAAGGACCUGCCAAGGCCGUUUAUAACAAGGAGUCAAUUACAAUCAACGCUCGGAUCGCAUUUAUUGACUGUAUGGGCCUGCACGAUAAGCGCAGUUUGGAGAUGUUGAUUCCUCUCAUCCAACCUCAGAAGCUGAUUCUGAUUGGUGGAAUGAAAGAAGAAACCUCUGCUCUGGCAGCUGAGUGCAAGAAGCUCCUGGCUGCCAAGGCUGGAGUGGACGUCUCUGCUGCUGCUGCCGAAGCCGCCGCUAUCAUCUUCACCCCUCUGAAUGGUGAAGUUGUUGAUGCCAGUGUCGACACCAACGCUUGGAUGGUCAAGCUGAGCAACAACCUCGUCCGCCGCUUGAACUGGCAGCAUGUUCGCAGCCUGGGCGUCGUCGCUCUGACCGCACAAUUGCGAGGACCCGAGUCCACCGAUGAUGAUGAAACCACAGGUGCCGACGCAUCUGGCAAGAAGAUGAAACUGACCAAAGAUGAGGCCGCCUCUUCCGCAGUCACACCUACAUCGAACAGCGCCAAGUCUGCAGACAAAUCAACCCUCGUCCCUCUUCUUGAUACCUUACCUGCCAGCAUGGCCGCAGGAACCAGAUCGGUGGCCCGACCGCUGCAUGUUGGCGAUCUCCGUCUGGCCGAUCUGCGCAAGCUGAUGCAGGCGGCCGGUCACACCGCCGAGUUCCGGGGUGAAGGUACACUUCUCAUUGACAAGUCAGUGGCAGUGCGGAAGUCAGGCACUGGCAAGAUCGAGGUUGAAGCUUCGGCGCAGUCAUCGGCCAAUCAGGCCUCCCAGGGUCGCGGUGCCGGUAGCUUCCUGGCUGUGAAGAGAAAGAUUUAUGAAGGCCUGGCUGUCGUGGCAGGGAACUAA